AUUAAUCCCUUUCAGAGCCUUAAAACCCUGCGUGGACGGACGUGCACAUUGGCAACAACAACCAGUCUGUUCGCUCCAUUCAGCCCCUAAAAACAAAAGAGAGGGAGUUUCAAAGAGACCACUGUUUGCAGACAUUACCGUUACAGAUUAGAAUCAUGUUUAAAUAGUUAGAUAACAGUUGUAUCUACUGUCUGUAUUUUUCAACAAUGAUAGCGAUAUUAUUGAUCGUGCCCCCCCAUUUGUUUACGUUUUGAUCACGCCGUGUGCCUUUAAAAGGCAAAACUCUCGUCACGCGUAUCAAUGAACGUGUUUUUAGCGCCACCCGGUGGCCAGACGCAGCGACCGCACCACCUGAGCGCAAGACUCCCUUUUUGUCCCUCGCCCUUCUCCGUACCCUCCCCGCCCUCUGAGCUUCUUCCCAAGGCAAACACACGUGGAUUCCCCACUCGCAGCCAGACAGAAACAAUAACAUGGCCAGCCAGGGGCUCGAGUACGACGGCUGCAAUUUCUUCAGGCAGCGGCUGGUGUUGUCCUCGCUCAGCGGGAAGCGCGUGAGGAUACGGAACAUUCGCUCCAAAGACGACAGCCCGGGAGUCCGCGAUUUUGAGGCCAGCUUCAUAAGGCUGUUAGACAAAGUGACAAAUGGCUCCAGAAUAGAGAUCAACCAAACAGGUACCGUGCUGUUCUACCAGCCCGGCUUGCUGAACGGCGGCUCUGUGGAGCACGACUGCAACACGCAGCGCUCGGUGGGCUACUAUCUGGAGGCCCUGCUCAUGCUGGCUCCGUUCAUGAAGACCCCUCUGAAGGCCACGCUGAGGGGCGUCACCAACGACCCCAUUGACCCAACGGUCGACAUGCUGAAGACCACGGCCCUCCCUCUGAUGAAGAAGUUCGGCAUCGACGGAGAGGGCUUUGACCUGAAGGUGGUGAAGAGGGGCAUGGCGCCCGGCGGGGGAGGAGAAGUGUUUUUCUCCUGUCCGGUCCGCAGGACCAUCAAGCCUGUGCAGCUGACCGACCCGGGGAAGAUCAAGAGGAUCAGAGGAGUGGCAUAUUCAGUUCGAGUUUCUCCCCAGAUGGCCAACAGGCUGGUGGAUUCGGCCAGAGGCGUUUUAAACCAGUUCAUUCCAGACAUCUACAUCCACACAGACCACAUGAAAGGAGCCCACUCCGGCAAGUCUCCAGGUUUCGGUCUGACUCUGGUAGCUGAGACGCUCAACGGCUCCUUCCUCAGCGCUGAGAUGUCGUCGACGCCGCAGGGGCAGGGAGACCCCUCGCUGCCAGAGGACCUCGGCAGGAACUGUGCCAUGCUGCUUUUGGAGGAGGUGUAUCGGGGCGGCUGCGUGGACUCGUCCAAUCAGAGCCUGGCGCUGCUGUUGAUGACCCUCGGCCAACAGGACGUGUCGAAGGUCCUGCUGGGACCCCUCUCCCCGUACACGAUCGAGUUCCUCAGACACAUUAGAGAUUUCUUCCAGAUCAUGUUUAAGCUCGACGUUCAGAAGCCUUCAGAAGAUGAAAGGAAAGGAGGGGAGAAGGUCCUGAUGACCUGUGUGGGAGUCGGUUACAGCAACAUAAACAAAACACUGAAAUAAAACGUUUUUAUUAUAUAAA